AUGUUGUUAAACUUCAAACUCAUGAACGCAUAACGCGACGCCAUUUAUACAUUUGCUUGUGAAUGUCGUAAGCGCUAAAGUAAAAUUUGUGUUGUGGUGUUUAAGUGCAAAAACUUGUUAAUAUUGUAAAAAUGAGUUCUGAACUAGAUCCUGCAAAACUGAAAGUUGUAGAUUUGCGAAAUGAACUUGCUGCCAGAGGACUAGAUCAAAAAGGAGUUAAAGCGGUUUUAGUUAAACGUCUGAAGGAUUACUUGGAUAAAGAAGCUGAGUCUAAAGGUGGUAAAUCAGAAAAUUUGGUAACAAAAGCACAAGAAACUCCUAGAAAAUCGGCAAGAAAAUCAGCUGACGAGAAGGAAGAGGUGAAAUCAACGAAAACUAGUGCUGCAUCACCAAUUGCAGAAAAAGGAAAACCUCAAGAGAAAGCACCACAGGAAACACCUGCUCCUGCCAAACCAGAUGAACCUUCUAAAGUCUUGCCAUCAUCACCCCAAAAUACAGCAGAAGUUAAUUCCAAUCGUCAAUCAGUUUCAAUUAAAGUGCCUGAAACAGAUAAAAAAAUAGUUGCUCCAGUAGGUCCUCCAAAAACUGUUCCUAAACCUAAAGAUGAAACCCUAGAUAAACCAAAAUCUUCUGAAAAACCAAUAAGUGAAGUAAAACACCUGGCAAGCUCUCCAGUUAAGGUGAAACCAGCAGGGGAUACUAAGAUUGAGGCAAAAUCUCCAGAAAAACCUAAAAUUGAAUCAAAAUUAACCGUAACAGCGACGAGUGAAACAAAAUCACAAGAAAAACCUAAAAGUGAAGUAAAAUCGCCAGAAAAACCUAAAACUGAAGCAAAAUCGCCAGAAAAACCUAAAACUGAAGCAAAAUCACCAGAAAAAGAAAAACCAUCAGAAAAACCGAAAUGCGAACCAAAGUCUCCAGAGGAACCGAAAAGUGAAAUAAAAUCACCAGAUAAAAGUAAGAGUGAAGUGAAAGAAUUAGAAAAACCUAUAAACGAAGAUAAAAAACAAGAAAAAUGUAAAAAUGAUGAAACAUUAGAAGAACCACAAGUUGAGGGAAGAUCCAACGGAGAUGCGUCUGUUAAAAAUGCUAAAUUGGAUGACAUAAGUGAAGAUAAGGAUAAGCCAACAUCAAUGGAAGUACAAGAAGAAUCAGUUAAAACGAAAAAAACUGAAUCGAAAAGUGACCAUAGAGGAGAAAAACGAAAACGUAGUGGUGAUUCUCCAGAUAGGUCACCAAAAAGGCAAAAGACUCCCCCGGAAGAUGAACCAGAUAUCGAUGUUAACAAAGUUCAACUGAGUUGGUAUGAUUCAGAUUUACAUCUUGUAAUAAAUAAAUCGACAUUUUUAUCUGCUAAACCUUUAAAUGAUGGUGCCUUUGGUUAUGCCUGGGCAGGAGCUAGAGCAACACAUGGUGUUUCAGCUGGAAAGGUUUAUUAUGAAGUUAAAGUUACUGAUAAACUCAAAUGGGACGAUUUUUCAGUUCCCACAGAACGUUUUAGAUUAGAUAGAAAUAAAAGGGACGAUCGGAGGCAUUCAAGAAGAUCUGAUUAUAAAAGUGGAAGGAAAAGCGAGGACAAAUCUAAAGAGAAAUCAGAUAAAAAAGAAAAGAAACAGGAUAAGAAAGAAGAAUCGAUGGAAGUAGUUGAAAGAGACACAAAUGAAGAAAAGCUUGCAGAGGGUAUUGCAGAAAGUAGCGACAAGAAAUCUGACGAAAAAAUGGAAACUGAGGAAAAAUCUGACGAAAAAAUUGAUUCUGAGACAAAAUCUGAUGAAAAAAUGGAAACCAAUGAUGAAAAUUCGGAAGAAAAGGACAAUGAAGUUAAAAAAGAUGCAGAAAAGCAAAAGGACAAUGAAGAGAAUAAAGAUGUUGAAAUGGAAAAGAACAACGAAGAGAAAGAUGUAGACUGUGAUAAGAAUUGUAAAGAGAAAAAUAAUGAUGAAAAAGAAAAAGAUGCUAAAGAGGUAAAGAAAAAGAUUGACGAAAAUGAAGAUAAGGAAAAACCUGAAGAGGCUCCUCUACCAACUCACUUCAUUCGAAUUGGGUGGUCGAUAAUAAGAUCUUCCCUACAACUUGGUGAAGAUAAAAACUCCUAUGCUUACGAAUCUUCUGGAAAGUUUGUGAAGAAUAAAGAAUUUGUUGCUUAUGGCGUGUCUUUCGAUGCUGGAUCCAUAAUUGGGGCUUAUCUAGAUAUUUCCGAAAAUACUGUCACAUUCCAGUUUGCAGUGAACGGAGAACUUCAGCCUGCUAUCGAAAUACCAAAAUCCGAAUUAUCUGAUGAUUUCGCUUUGUAUCCUCAUGUACUUUCCAGGAAUUACGAAUUUGAGGUUAAUUUCGGCGAAAAGGAGGAACCUUUGGUUGGAAUAUCAUCAGAACUUGAAGGUUACAACUUUAUUAGCAAAGUUGACAAUAAAGUCCCUGGUCUCAAGAGACCAGAAAGUAGAAGCGAUUGUGAGGUGCUUCUAAUGUGCGGACUACCUGCUUCUGGAAAAACCCAUUGGGUUAAUGAACAUGUUGUUACAAAUCCAGACAAAAAUUAUACUAUACUAGGUAACAAUAGUAUACUAGAUAAAAUGACAGUUUCUGGAGAACCAUUAAAGUCCAAAUACAAAGGAAAAUGGGGUGUCCUCGUUGAUAGAAUUCAAAAAUGUUUGAAUAAAUUGGUGUCCACUGCUGCUUUACGUAGAAGAAACUAUAUCAUCGAUCAGACUAACGUGUUCGCAUCAGCACAAAGCCGUAAAAUGCGGCCAUUUGAGGGCUUCAAGAGAAAGGCCGUGAUAGUUGUAGUUGGAGAUGAAGAACAAGCUAGACGUCAAGCUUUGAAAGAGGUCCCUGAUAGUACUAUUCUUGGAAUGAAAGCUGCUAUGGUGUUACCAGUAGUUGGGGACUGGUUAGAAGAAGUUUCUUACGUUGGUGUUGAUGAAAAAGAAGCAAAAGAGAUAAUCAAGAAGUACAAUGAAGCUGGAAGAGCGGCUGGAUUUCCAGCAGACAAACGUAGAGAUAACCGUAGAAAUGAUCAGGGAAGACACUUUCAAAGAAGGAGUGGAUACCAACAGUCAUAUCAAUCAAGUAGAAGAUGGGACAGACCACAAAGGAGAGAUGAAGGUGGUAGCAGUUGGAAAUAUGAUUCAAGAUCCCGUGACUGGAGAGGAAGCAGCUACAAUCAGAGGUCGAGAGAUUAUUACAGUCAAGGUAGUUAUGACAGAAGGAGGAGUCAAUAUGGUAGUAGAUCUUCUGGUGGCGAUUGGGGUAAUAGUGGCGGUAGUAAUUGGGGAAACCGAAGUCAAAGUACUGGUUGGAAUCAACCAACUUUUAGGAAUUACACUCAACCUUGGAGCAGUGGUGCAAACCAAAAUUGGUCCAAGUAUAAUUCAGGGGGUUGGCAAGGUUAUGGUAAUAAUUGGAAUAGUUACGGACAACAGGGAAACUGGAAUCAGAAGUAAUCCAGUCCAAACAUCUCCGGGGGGUAUUUAAAUUCAGAUAAAAAUUUUAGUUCGAAAACAUCAAUAUUGAUUCUGAUAAUUUACUUAAGUAAAAUAUUUUUUAAAGAGGGAGCCAUUUUUAAAAUAGGCACAGCAAUAUCAUCAGUCACAGCAAUCACAACAAACAACUUAUUCGACAAAUGUUUUUGCUGCUCAAAAUCAGCAAUCCUCUCAACCAUAUAAUGCUCAGGAGGCAUGGGCACAGUAUGCAAGACAGUAUGCCCAACACCAACAAAUGGCACAAGCUGCCGCCACAUCAUCCCAGAAACGAUAAAUUCUAUAAGAGUAGUAUUUUUUGUAGAAACAAUGUUCUAAAAUGAAUGCUUCUGGUAGUUUUACCAGUCCUUAUUUAUAUUAUAAUGACAACUGCUAUAGUCUUAACGUUAUAAACUCUUGAUUUCAGGAACUACUGUAGUACAAAUAUAUCAAUUUCAAAGAAUAAUCUAUUAACCCUAGAUUGACAUAUGAAAUUAAAAAAAAAUACCAAGGAAGACAUUUUCACCACCACAAAAAUGGUUAAGUAUCGUAAAAAAUUUGAUGUUAUGGGGCAUCUUCUAAAACCAAGAAACUGUUUUAUUAUGUCUAAGCCGAACAUCAGCAAAACUUAGUAUUUACACUAUUUACUACUACUGCAUCUACAUUCACAAUUAUACAAUCACUGACGCGUGUUUUUAUAACCAAGUUAUUAUCUUCAGAAACUGAGUUUAUUCAAUCUCUGAAGUGGAUUCUUUGAUUGUCGAAACUCGCGUAAGUAAUUUUAUUGUGUAUUGGUGGUAGUAAAGUCUUGAAAACUUGGUUUUUAACUUGUUGUUACCAUUUUCCUCAAGUCUUAACUGUUAGACUAUGUCACUGUCUAAAAGCUCUUCUUCUUCUUCACUCAUUGAAACAAUAUUUCCGGACAAUUUCAUUCUACUUCAGUUGAUACAUUGGAACUCACAUUUUGUAAAUUUAAAAAAUGCUGUAGUGAAAUUGUAUCCUAACAGAGCCGAAUGUUAUUUCAGCUUUGAGUACUAUUUUUAUGAAUGCAUUGUUUACUACCAUUAUACUCACAUUUACAUAACCUGAUGUGUGUUCUGAAGAAAAUAAAGUUUUUAUUUUCAGAACUCAAAGGAAAACAGUUGACAUAAGACAAUAACAUUGUUAUUGAAAUAAGCAUCAGGUAUAAAUCUGAUAUUAGUGUUAAUAAUUAGUUUUUUGAGUAUAGAUAUCAAUAACGGUUCUUUAAAUUCCAAGUUAGCUCUUACUUCUCUGUUUAAUGUUUGUUGAGGAGAUAAAGCAUAGCUGUGUCAUGCAUGACACCAAUGUACAAUUCUAGUGUUAAUAAAUUAUUCCCACACAAAGCAAGCACUUUUAAAUUUCGAUAUUAUGGACAAAAAUAGAAAAUUUGAAACUAUUAGAAGCAAUUAUAGGAUAUAGUGUUGACUUUUUAAAAAUUUUAUUUCCUUAUUGCUUUUUAUAGAAAAGUUUAAAUUGAUGUGUGUACCUUAUUAGUUAUGAAAAAAAUGUACAUACCUAGAAUGUAUAUUUUGAAAAAGUAUAUCGUGCAACUAGUACGGAUUAUCUAUUUUCCACGCGAGUUGUACAUUAUACUUUUCCGAUGACCUACACUUUAUACUUAAUAUGUCGCCAUUUGAACGUAGCGCAUUUUGUAGUAAUUCCAAUUAUGAGGUUUUAUUUCGCACUUAUUCAUAGGGUGAAAUAUUAAGUAGCUCAUUUAGGUCGUUGGAAAAUAUAAUUUUUCUUUUGGUUUCCUAGUAUUCAAUUUAUCAGAGAAAAAAAUUGAGUUAUUUCAAAUUUUUUGUACAAAUGAUCAUGACGUAUCAGGUCAUAUUUUAAAAAAGGAUUGUAUAUAUUUUAUUAAUUAAUAUAGCAAAUAGAUUUUGUUUAAUGUGUAUACUUGAGGAUACUUAGUAACUUUAUUCAAUUUAUUUGUCUUUUUCUACAUAUUGAAAAAUAUGUAAUGUUUUAACAAACUUUAACUUCGUAAAUAAAUAUUUCUAGUAUA